AUGGCAGCUGUAAACCGAUACUCCGGGAAAGUGGUGGUGGUGACUGGGGGUGGUUGAGGCAUUGGGGCUGGGAUCGUCAGAGCCUUCGUGGACAGUGGGGCUCAAGUUGUUUUCUGCGACAAGGAUGAGGUGAGGGGCCGGGCUCUGGAGCAGGAACUCUUGGGCACUGUCUUCCUUGCCUUGAUGGCGUGUAACCUGAGAGUUGCUCUGAUUUCUGAGACCCUCUCUCGAUUUGGCCACCUGGAUUGUGUGGUGAAUAAUGCUGGCUACCACCCACCUGCACAGGCACCUGAGGAGACUUCUGCCCAGGACUUUCGCCAGCUGCUGGAGUUGAACCUCCUGAGCACAUACAACUUAACCAAGCUUGCCCUCCCCCACCUGAGGAGAGGCAGAGGCAACAUUAUCAACAUCUCCAGCCUGGUGGGAACCAUUGGCCAGUCCCAGGCGGUUACCUAUGUGGCCACCAAGGGUGCAGUGACAGCUAUGACAAAAGCUUUGGCCUUGGAUGAGAGCCGAUAUGGUGUCCGUGUCAACUGCAUCUCCCCAGGGAACAUCUGGACUCCACUGUGGGAAGAGCUGGCAGCCUCAACUUCAGACCCCAGUGCCACCAUCCUAGAAGGCACCUUAGCCCAGCCCCUGGGCCGCAUGGGCCAGCCAGCUGAGGUGGGGGCUGCAGCAGUGUUCCUGGCCUCUGAAGCCACCUUCUGUACAGGGCUUGAGCUUCUUGUGACAGGGGGUGCAGAACUGGGGUAUGGAUGCAAGGCUAGUAGGAGCAGUCUUGUAGAAGCCCCCAUUCUCCCGGGGGGCGGGAUUCAAUUCAUACAACAGAGGAAUAAGUUAGAAACAGACCAACAAACCCUUCACUAA